GGAAAUUAAUUUACCACGAUGUAUGGAAGUACUUGAGUGCUGUUUCUCCAUCGGUCAGUGUGGAGUAGGGAUUUAAAAGUUGUGCUUCGAUACCAACCUCUCUCCAACACCACACCAAACUACUUCCAACAAAUAGGCAGGUUAAAACCUUGACAGAUGUCAACAAUCAUAGAUCCAACUUCCUGCUGUUCCCAUUCAUUUCUACCCACAUCAAGCUUGAAAAAUUCAAUGUAAGAUGACAACCACCAGCACUACUUCUUUGAGCCCUGUGCUAAUCACAGGCGGAUGUGGGCUUAUCGGCUUUCACCUCUUCAAUCAUAUUCUUGAAUCCGAACCAACUUGCGAGAUCCAUGUUUUGGACAUCAAUACGAUCAGAGAUCGAGUCCUCAAUGUGACCUAUCAUACUUGUGAUAUCAAUAGUCUUCCUGGUGUUGAGUCAGUGAUGCUUCAGGCACAACCGCGUACUAUAUUUCAUUUUGCAUAUCCAGACUCUAUGGUGCUUCAGCCUUCGGUAUUCCAAAAAGUCAAUGUCAACGGCGCCCAAAACUUGAUCUCCGCAGCUCUCAAAGUAGGAACAGCUCAGGCAUUUGUUAAUACCUCUACAUCAUCGGUCAUUCACGACAAUAUCAGCGAUCUGAUUGAUGCCGACGAGGAUCUUCCAGACCUCCAAUAUUCAGCACAAAGCGUGUCUACACUCUUACUAAAGCGGUCGCUGAAGCAGACAUUCUUGCCGCCAACCGAAAAUAUGGCGACUCCUCGAUGCUGAAUGUAUCUUUACGUCCUGAUACCGCUUUUGGUGAACGGGAUACGAUAUGUAUGGGCAAGAUCGUCGAUGUCUGCCGACAAGGAAAUGGGAAAUUUCAGAUCGGUGCCGGCAAAAUUGAAUACAAUUUCAUCUAUGUCGGCAAUCUAUCUGAAGCACAUAUUCUAACAGCUCAAGCUCUUUUGUGCGCCUUUAGAAAACCGGUACCACCGCUCGAAACUCGUGUUGAUGGUCAAACAUUCAAUAUUACCAACGAUGAGCGAAUCUUGUUUUGGAAGUUCCAAAGACGUAUCUCUGCGGUGAUUGGAUUUCCUAUCAAGGAAGAAGAUAUUAAGAUCAUUCCUAAAUGGCUUGCACUGCUUGUAGCGGUCAUUGGCGAUUAUAGUAUUUGGAUACGAAGUUUCGGCAACCGGCAGCCGAGCGUUACUAGGGAAUCGUUCCGUCUGACAACGAUCAUUCGCACGCUAAACGGCGACAAAGCAAGGAGAGUUCUUGGUUAUACUCCAAAGGUGAGUAUUCUGGAGGGUAUAAAGAGAGGUGGGAAGUGGUUUGUAGAAGAGGCAAAGCAGGCAGAAGAUGGGAAAAAGGUCAACUGAGAGUUGGCUUGCAAAGAAGAGGACAAGAAGUCAGUUGAAGAGAACUUUUGUAAUACGUCUCAUUGAAAUGAUCCGCCAGGUUACUUUCUUGCAUGCUCUCUGUCUGUUACGUCUAGGUCUACGUAACGUAGUGUUAAAUAUCAGCCCGUGCACUCGAGGUUUAGAAAGUGAUGGUUACCACAGCCGUCUAGCUGAAUUUGGAUAUCAUUCUCCUUUUUUGGCUCAGCUCUACAUGAUUGCGAUUCCUCGGUUACCUUUAUGUAUUCGACAGAAAAAUAUCUUUUAAAGAGAAAUAAUAUUGAUAAUACCUUUUAUAAUUCUUUCCCUCCCCUCCAACGUUGCGGAAUGUUUCUCCUGAAAUCAUUUUAUAUAUAAAGAGAGAGAGAGAGAGAGAGGAAGCCAGGGUGGGGUAAAUAUCUUUCGUCUGGUCGACAAUUUGUUCUCCAUAUUUGACUUAUCGACGCUGUCUAUCUUUAUCCUUUAAAAUGGUUACUGCGGACUUGAUAUUUCAAAUGAGACCAUCUGUCGGAGCUUUUUCAAUUUUUCUUCGGCUAUUUUGGUGAUUACAGCAAGUAAUCGUGCGGUCGAAGAUACUAAAGGUCUAUUGUCACUAAAUGCAAUCCUUCUUUCAAUCUCUAACCAACUUUAUUAAGAAACGAAAGAAUUUGAUCAUUGUCGAAUAUCCAACAUGGCUAGGAAAAUGGAUUAGCGGUUCACGUUACCUCUGGGCGGGCCUGAAAUAAUUCUCCGAGUUUAUGUGUGCUGAUGUUGUCUGGAGAGGCUUCUGGAAGUUUCAUCUAAUAUGGUAUAAGGGAGAACGGGAAAGCAGCGACCUUCAAACUGCAAGCUCUAAUCUAAAAUAAAGCUAUGCUAUAUAAGGAAUAAUCUAAGCGGUAUAAAGAUGACCUUGUGGUAGCAGAAUCCGCGAUUGAUGAAGUGGCUGCUUUAUCAACCCCAGAAAAUAUUCAAUAUUUUUAUAAUAUAUUGAAAAAAGUGUUUUUAAAAUAUUGAUCAGAGAGCUUUUUCUUUCAUAAAUGAUUAGAAAUUUUUAUCUUAAAGGGA